GGGGCGGAGCGGGACCGGGGGCGGAGCGGGACCGGGGGCGGAGCGGGACCGGGGGCGGAGCGGGACGAGGCCGCGUCCCGCGGCGUGUUCCUGGAGCGCGGGAAGGCUGAGGGUGACAAAACAUAGAAUCAGCCACCUCAGGAUGUCUGUAAUUCAGCCAGGCACGGCAACACUUCGGAAAGCAAAGAAAACCACUGUAAAAACCUGUCUAGAUAACCCCUUUGUUUUCCAAUGGAAAACCAUCGAUGGAGAAGAUAUGCAUUUUAUACUGGAGACCUUAGAAGAAAGGAUUAAACAUAUUGGACUUAAAAAGAUUGAGAGUCCAAGAAAGAAAAAACGUUCCUUCACAAAAAAACAAACGGAAAGAAAGUGCGAUGCCGGCACCAAUGAUUUCCCUAAAGAGGAAGCAGAAAGCCACCCACAAAAACCAGGAUGGACUGACAUAAGUAUCAGAAGACAGCUUGCUAUUGGAGUUAACGAAGUUACAAAAGCAUUGGAAAAAAACGAGCUUCUCCUCUUGCUGGUGUGCAAGUCUGCCAAGCCCGCGAUGCUGACGUCGCACCUGGUGGAGCUGAGCGCCAGCCGCGCCACGCCGGCGGGGCAGGUGCCGCGCCUCAGCGAGACCCUCGCGCCCCUGCUCGGCCUGACCUCCAUCCUGGCGCUCGGCUUCAGAAAGCACUCGGACACCUUCACCGAGGCUAUAGCAGCCAUAAUCCCAAAGAUACCGGCCUUGGAAGUGCCGUGGUUUCAGUACAGAACUGAAGAAUCCAUGGCUUAUGCAGACACAGAUUCCUCAGGAAGCCUGGAACCCGAAGAGCUUGCAGAGGUGCUGGGGGAUAAGCUCACAAGUCAGAAGCGGAAGCAUACGGAAAGCAGUCAGCCUGAUCUUUCACAUGUAAUUUUGCAGCCUUUGAAAAUCAAGAAACUUGUCCCAAAUCCCAAUAAGAUAAAGAAACCACCUCGCAAAAAGAAAAAGGCUUUUUCAGCAUAACUGAGUUUGGUUCUUUCUAUGAAACAGAUUUUUAAAUGCAGGAUGGAGUACAGUUCUAACAGUUCUUUUAGGCUUUACAGUGUAAAGGUCUUGAAUACAGGGUGAACUUCAUGUUGCAUUUGGCUGAGGUACUUUCUGCUUUAAUAAAAAAAUAUUGUUCAGA